AACUCACAGAUCCAGCUAAAUGACCAAUCAGAAGAAAGAAGAGGCGGAGCCUGGUGGCACCUUACAUGGCGGUGGAAUAAAAAAAAGAAAAAAAAAAAGAGCAGAAAGUUUUCAUGCUGCCAAAGUGUCAGGAUGAUGAAUGGGACGACGUACGCCAACUUUGACAACGAAGAGCACGUCUUGAAAUUGGGGGAGACGUUCGAGAAGCACCCCAAAAGUGCUUUCCACACGGUGCGAUAUGAUUUCAAGCCAGCUUCCAUUGAUACGGCCUGUGAAGGGGAACUUGAAGUGGGCAAAGGAGAACAAGUCACCAUCACAUUACCCAACUUAGAGGGUUCCAGUGCUCCGGUGACCGUCUUCAAGGGCUCCAAGAGGUCGUACAUGAAGGAGUGCAUCCUCAUCGUCAACCACGACACGGGCGAGUACCGACUGGAGAAACUCAGCAGCAACAUUGCAGUCAAGAAGACCAGGGCCGAGGGCAGCAGCAAGAUCCACUCCCGUCUGGAGCAGCAGACAAGUCGACUGGGCCAGCAGAUGAAGAGCAGUGGCAACAAGAACUCAGCAGGCCCCAGAAGUUCUCCACCCAAAGACAAGACCUCGCCUGCCUCGCCAUUGGACGACAUUGAGAAAGAGCUGAUGGAAGAAGCUCGUGUGAUGGACCAGAUGAGCAGUGACAGCUCCUCCAACAGCUCCUCCUCCAGCAGUGACAGCAGCAGCAGUGACUCAGAGGACCACACCAACCCCUGCAUGCCCACCACCUGUCCUCAGGAGGGCGCCACAGCAGCACCAGCAGAACCAGGACCAGGACUCCUCAUGAACACACUAAAAAGCGACCUGCAGCUCAGCGAGUCUGGCAGUGAGAGCGACUGAGGACAUCCGCUAACCUUCUUAGCAUACAUGCUACCUGUCUGCAAACUCUACUUUUUUUCCUUUUUUUUUUGCUAUUUCAUGCAAGAUGGAUGUGUUUGGGGACCAUGGGACAUUCGGGCGUCCUCUCCCUGCCAGACGUAUAAACAUGUCCUAGUCAAUCAGGUCUUUAAAGUC